AUGUGCCACACCGGCUGCUCCUCGGGCUGCCAGCCGGCCUGCUCUGUGCCCAGCCCUUGCCAGGCGUCCUGCUAUGUGCCUGUGAGCUGCCAGCCUGCCGUGUGCACGCCCGUGAGCUGCCAGCCUGCCGUGUGCACGCCCGUGAACUGCCAGUCAGCCGUGUGCACGCCCGUGAGCUGCCAGCCCGCUGUGUGUGUGGCCCCCUCCUGCCAGUCCUUCGUGUGCGUGCCUGUGAGGUACAAGCAAGUUGUCUGCGUGGCCUCCUCCUGUCAGCCCUCCAGGUUCCGCCAGCCCUCCUGCCCCACCCUGGUCUGCAGACCCACCUCCUGUAGCUCCCCUUGCUGCUAUUGA